AUGCGAGUAUUUUUGCAACAAGAUGAAACUGCGAAUGUGUUAGACAUUGGAAAUAAUAAAGUCGCAGUGGACACCUCGACCGGGUUCAUCACGUUACCCCCGGAUUUCCGUCAAAUCACAGACUCAAAAGAAGAGCUUAUUCAGAGUGUUUUUCCAGAUAUAGCGCAAAAGUUCAAUAACCAUAAUUGGCUGGGUAAACGAGCAAUAUUGGCAGCGCAAAAUAAAGAUGUCGAGGAUCUCAAUGCGACCAUUCAGAAUUUUCUUCCAGGACAAAAUGAGCAAUUGCAACGUGUUUCGGAACUUCAUCGUAGUUACGACGCAUUACAAUACCCAAUAUUGCAUUGGAAAGGUGACGAUGGCUACCAUAUCAAUAUACCAAUGAUUGAUCCACGAACAGGUCUACAUAUACAGAAAAAAGUUAGUGCCAUGAAUUUUUAUUCUUAUCGAUUGAUGGUUCGUCCACAAGAACAAAAUUAUAUCUUGAGAUGUCGUAAACUAUAUCAUCAGUACAUCGUUGAUAUGUAUGCCAAAAUAGAAACAGAACGUCUUAAUUUUAUUCGUUUCAACCAAGCAAAAUUAAGAUCUGAACAAUAUAUUCAUUUGCAAGAUGCGAUAGCGAAUGAUGAUAAUAUAAUAUUAAAGACAUCGGAUGUUUAACUAUAUUGCCAUCUUCGUAUAUUGGUAGCCCACGGAAUAUGAACGAAUAUGCACAAGACGCAUUGUGUUAUGUACGAAAAUACGGUCGACCGGAUCUGUUCAUUACAUUUACAUGUAAUCCGCAGUGGGAUGACAUCA